UAUUGUCCAGUACAUUUUGAUGCAUUCCAGCUGUGCUUGUUGAUGUAAGCGUUCACAUUUGCUUACUACGCUCUUAUCCUCCGGGAAAAAGAUCCAGUGAUCCACGCAAGGAAAAUCUUGCUGCUAGACUUUUUGAUCCACAAAUCAGGUAGGGGUAUCACGGGACGAGAAAGAGGUCACACUUAUUAAAGCAUUAUUGACUGCCCGUGAUAUUCUACUUGAGGAGUUUCAAAAUCUUAGCAAAGCUAUUGACCAAACCGUUGAUUUUACUGAUUUUAUAUCUCGAAUGGAUGAUACAAAGUAUGUUGAUGUUUUGAUGCCUUCGAAAAUGGAUGAAGUAAAGGGUGAAGUCUCAAGACAAGGCAAGCCACAAAACGGCCUUGAGAGGACUAAUGGUGGUAACCGAUUGCACCAAUCAAGAGCAGGAAGUCAUAUGUCACACCGCUUCCACUCACUGGGUGAUCAACUCUUAUAUUUAUGGAGCAGCUUUUUGAAGUUCCAUAGGGCUCACAAAACAAAGAUUCUAGAAUAUCUACGGGAUGGAUGGGCAAAGGACAGGCGAGCUGAAUGGUCAAUAUGGAUGGUUUAUUCUAAAGUUGAGAUGCCCCAUCACUACAUUAAUAGUGGAAGCGAGGAACCUUCAAACCUUGCCACCCGUAGAAGCAAUGUUCAUAAAAGAGUUUCAAGUUUGUGGAAGUUGGCAGAUGAUCCUGCCCAAACUGCAGCUAUGAGAGCUGAGCUUCAUCGUCGAAGUAUUUUACAAAUGAGGAUAAAUAAUAGAUGUAUCCAAGAUCUGCAUAUAUUUAGAGAUCCUUCACGAAUCCCUAUUGUAAUCAUUGAGCGUGUCAUGAAUGCUCCUCGACGUUCAAUUAGUGAAAAUUCAUACUUGAGGCAUUUUGACAUGAUAGAUGCUAUUGGGAAGGACAGUGGGCCAAGCUCUGAAGCCGUGGACAAGUUGUCUGGCUCUGUACCUGAAGGGAGUGGUCGAAUUUUGAAGAUAGUUGUCUUUGUGCAUGGAUUUCAGGGUCACCAUCUUGAUCUACGGCUUGUUCGGAAUCAAUGGCUUUUAAUAGAUCCCAAAAUUGAAUUUCUUAUGUCCGAAGUAAAUGAAGAGAAAACUUCUGGAGACUUCAGAGAAAUGGGACUGAGGCUGGCACAAGAGGUAAUUUCUUUUGUUAAAAAGAAGAUGGAUAAAGCUUCAAGAUAUGGGAGUUUACAGGAUAUUAAGAUUAGUUUUGUCGGACACUCCAUUGGAAAUGUCAUUAUACGAACUGCAUUAUCAGAAAGCAUCAUGGAGCCAUAUCAUCGUCAUCUUUAUACUUAUGUUUCAAUAUCUGGUCCACACUUGGGUUAUCUUUACAGCUCAAACUCGUUAUUUAACUCUGGCCUGUGGCUUUUGAAGAAGCUCAAGGGUACUCAGUGUAUUCAUCAGCUGACUUUUACUGAUGAUCCGGAUCUACAAAAUACGUUUUUCUACAGGCUGUGUAAGCAAAAGACGUUGAACAAUUUCAAGCACAUAAUCCUGUUUUCAUCACCACAGGUAUCUUCUAGUUCAGACGUCCCUGUUACAUAUUUUUUUUUUUGUUGAUGUGCUAUGAGUCAAUUUCCCUCUACUCUAGGGAAGCUGUUUAUUUGUUGCUAAGAGUUGUGUGCUUAGUAGGAUGACAUGAGGGUAUAAAAAAUGUAGAAGUUUAUGUUUUUCUUCUGAACACGAAUGUAUUAUUUGAAAACUAAACUGGCGUGUUAAAAUCCUGGCCGAUACUUUUGAUCCUAGGUUUACUUAUUUAAAACUGGAAAGAAUUGCUAUAA